AUGGAGAAGAGCCUACCGAUCGCAGCGGAGUACGCUCCACCACCAAGAGCUCCACGACAGCAUCAUGGAGCUCGGCGGGCAGUCUUGUUUACUCUCUUGUCUGCUGCCGUCUGCCUGCUGUGGCUCUCCCAGCCAUUGUCCAGCGUGAUCCCAGACUUUGGCCUCUCCAACGAUCGCGCUACCUCCAAAAAGCAAUGCCAGCAAGUGCCUGCCCUUUGGCCCGCCGAAGACAACGACCGUAUCAAGCAAGCCUUUGACUACCUCUUCACACCAGCCUUCGAGAAUGCCUCCAUUGCCCGCCUCUCCGGCGCUGUACAGAUCCGCACCGAAUCCUACGAUGACUUGGGAGAAGUGGGAGAAGACCCUCGUUGGGACGCGUUCUAUAGCUUUCACGAGUACCUGGAGGCUACAUUCCCUCGGAUUCACGACAAGUUGAAGGUGGACAAGGUCAAUACGCAUGGCUUGGUGUACACGUGGGAGGGUUCAGAUGAUAAGAAGAAGCCUGUGGUUUUGAUGGCGCAUCAGGACGUUGUGCCUGUAGACCCUGAUACUGUCGACUCGUGGACAUAUCCUCCAUACAGCGGGCAUUUCGAUGGGAAGAAUGUUUGGGGAAGAGGUGCAUCAGACUGCAAGAACUCGUUGAUUGGCUUGUUGGAGACGGUGGAGCUGCUGCUUGAUGCUGGUUGGGAGCCGAAGAGGACGAUUGUUCUGUCGUUUGGAUUUGACGAGGAGAGCUCUGGAUACCAAGGCGCUGGACAUUUGGCUCCGUUCUUGCUGGAGAGAUACGGUAAGAAUGGCGUUGCCGCGAUCAUUGACGAAGGUAUGGGAUACACCAAGUCCUUUGGACAAGGAUACGCUGUGCCUGGCGUAGGUGAGAAGGGCUACACGGAUAUUUCUGUUGUGGUGAGGACGCCUGGAGGGCAUUCAUCCAUUCCACCGGAUCACACCAGCAUUGGCAUCCUCAGCGAGCUCAUCUCCGCUAUCGAGGCACACCAGUACCCAACCUACCUUGUGGACGAGAACCCAUACCUUGGCUUCCUGCAAUGCGGCGCCGAGUACGCACCACAGUUUCCCAAAAAGCUGAAGAAGCUUCUCGGACAGCGCGAAAGUUCCAACAAGAAAAAGCACUGUAAGCAUGCAGACCAGUUGGCACAAGAGGCGGCAAAGAUCAGCAGGGAGGCCAAGUACCUCAUGCAGACUUCUCAAGCGGUUGAUAUCAUCGGUGGCGGCACCAAGGUCAAUGCCCUCCCAGAAAACGCUGCUGCUACCGUGAACCACCGCAUCAACAUUGGUGACGAUCCAGAUGUUGUUGCCAAACACAUCAGCGCUGUGGCCAAGCCAAUUGCUGAGAAGUACAACCUCACUCUCCACGCCUUCGACGGAGAGAAAUCCGGCUACAACGCCAUCUCACUUUCUCACAAGAAGAACACCCUCGAUGUCGCUCCAGUCACGCCGACAGACAUUGACCGUGUGACACCCUUCUCCAUCGUCGCCGGUACCAUCCGCGCUCUCUACGGUGAGGACACCCUGGUGGCACCGGCUUUGAUGAGCGGCAACACGGAUACUCGAUACUACUGGGACUUGACGAGGAACAUCUUCCGUUUUGGACCGGGAUACGUCAAUGAGGAGGAAUACGGCAUGGGCAAUGUGCACACGGUGAAUGAGAAGAUCUCUGCCACAAACCACUUCAAGGUCGUCAGGUGGUUCACACUGUGGCUGAGGAACGUCGAUGAUGCGGAUCUCGAGGCGGUGGAGUAG